GAUAAAUGUAAAAUUAUGCUUGAAACUAGAUAUUUAUAUUUUAUAAGACUUUAAAUUAAAGAGUCAUUAUGGAUAAAUUACAAAAAAGUAUGGAAAUGAAAACUAAAGAUAUAGAAAGCUGCAUUUGUGGAAGACAGGAAUUGUUUAGGGAUAAUGUUUGUAAAAAAAUAUCUUCAUUAUCUGAGUUAACCUAUCAAGAUCUUUUGAAGAAAGCUCAAGAAUAUCGAAGUUAUAACAUCAACUUGCUAGAAAAAAACAGAAAUUUGCUUCUAGAAUUACAAGAAUCAAAGAAAUUGUUACAAAAAAAUUUAAAAAUUUCUUCAUCCAAUAAAGACCCAAGUGUAAAUCUUUCAAAUGAGUCAAAUGCAGCUUGCACUUGCGAGGCUAUGAAUAAGUUAAAGCAGGCUAUUGUGAUUAAUCACAUGUGGCAGAAUGAUUAUAAUAUGCUGAAAGAAGAUUUAGUAAAAGCUAACAUUUUAUUGGAAGAUUAUAGAAGUCAAAUUACAAGUUUAAAAAGUAUGUUGAAUGGUUUGCAAGUUAAAAGCUCGAACAGUUCAAGUUUGAAUUCAGGAUUUACAAAUGAUGAUGUUGAAGCAUUCAAACAGCAGAUGCUAGUUUACAAAGAAGAUUAUGAUGCAAGCCAAGUUGUUAUUUCAAAGAUGCAACAGGAGCUCUCUGUAAUGAAAAUUGAGUUGAACCAAUCUCAGGAAUUUACGAAAGAACUCAUGCGUAAAAAUGAAACAGCCAAAAAUAAUUUUGACAGAGUUAAUAUAGAAAAUGUGCAUAUAUUAUCUCAACUUCGUAGAUUGACCUCACAAUCCCUCCCUAUAAAAUCAGAAGAGAAAAUAAAAGAACAUUUUAAAAGUCCAUCCUCGCUAUAGGGUGCAACUUUUACUGUUUUUUAAUCUUACAAUUAUGCAGUACAUAAUUGUCUAAUAUCAAGAAGUUUAGCACUUGAAUAGUAACAUCAAGUUUUGUUACUUAUACUUUUUUGUUUAUAUAGUCUUGUGUUUAUAACUGUAGAAAUUCUUUUUUAUUUCUUUAUCUAUUUUUUUUUUUUUUUUUAAUAUAUAAAAAAAUCAAAUAUUGCUUUUUAUUUUAAUUUCAAAAAAUAAUUUAUUUAUGAUCUUUUAUGAAUGAUAUUUAUAAAAUAGAUAUAAAAAUUGAUAUAACAUAUAUUUAUUCCUGAAUUUUAU